AACACUUGUGAAAAGCAUUUGAAAGCGGUGUACAUUUUCUAUUUUCAUGAUAAUCCUGUCGUUGGGUGUUCGUUUUUUAUUCAAGACAAUGGAAACCAAAUCGCCGUACUUUUCUCCGAAGAAAACUAGAAACUUUACAAGAAAGCAUGGUAGCACUCUUCUGCAAAAGAUCACCAAUUCGAGUAAGGUGGCUCUGGAACAGAAAGAACCUUAUUCAAAUAAAACUCCCAAGGCCAAUCCAAGUACAGCUUAUAGUACCAAAAACACUUCAACAGCGCCGUCUACAAAGUCAGUUAAGGGCAAUAAAAAAAAUAUUCGAUGCGAUGCCGUUGCUGUGAAUCAAAUCUGUGAACCACAGCAAUCGAACGAAAACACUCCUACAAAAAAGGAUCCUCCGAGGGAAAAGACACCAACGGAAAUUGGCAUAAAGAUGGAGAAACUGGAAUCACAGAACAUUGGAUUGGAGGAGGAUUCUUCAACAGUGGAAAUCAAGAUUAAAGUGGAACCAGCCGAUGAGUACCAAGAAUUGAACGAAAAAACACCAUGCAAACAAGAAACAUCAGACUCUCGUUCCUCAAUUAAACGCGAACUAAAUGACGAUUCGCUCGACGGUCAUCCCAGCAAGGAAGUUAAGUGGGAGCCUAAAAACUGGCGUCAACUAAUCGAAAACAUUCGCCAAAUGCGUCAAGCAAUUUUAGCCCCGGUUGAUACGAUGGGUUGCGAUCAGUUUACAUCAGAUGCCGAAACAAUGAUCCCCGAUCGUCACAAGCGGUACCACUGUCUCGUAUCACUCAUCCUCUCGAGCCAAACAAGAGAUCAAGCAAACCACGAGUGCAUGGUGCGGCUGAAGAAGCAUGGACUCACUCCAGAAUCGAUUGUGUCGACUGAUGAUGCUGUGUUGGAAAAACUGAUAUAUCCCAUCAGUUUUUACAGGAAUAAAACAAAGUUUAUCAAACAGAUGUCCCAAAUUUUAAUUGACCAGUACGAUGGAGAUAUACCGAACAACAUCAAGGAGUUGCUUAAGCUGCCUGGUGUCGGAAAAAAGAUGGCCCACCUCUGCAUGCGUUCGGCCUGGAACGUUGUAACCGGGAUCGGAGUUGACACGCACGUGCACCGUAUUUCCAACUGGCUCCAGUUGAUCCCGGAGGAAACGAAGCAACCGGAGGCGACUCGCAUAGCGCUGGAGAAGUGGCUACCGUUUGAAAUAUGGGAUGAAUUUAAUCAUCUGCUGGUGGGAUUCGGGCAAACCAUCUGCACCCCAAAUUUUCCUCGCUGUAAUGAUUGUUUGAACGCACCGAUAUGUCCGGCACGUGGUAUGCGUCCAAUACGCAAGACUCCGAUGAAGAAAGCAAUCAAGCCGGAAAAACUUGAGUUCUAAGCAAGUGGAGUGAAGUCACCGCUCAGUACAACUACAGUUAAUAUUUGUUUUUUCGUCCGAAAUAAAACACAUUACGUUAAUUUUGCU